GCAGCUGUGAAUGAUGCUGCACUGUCAGUGGAUCAAUAGAAACUCUGUGGUUUCUUGAUGGUGAAAGUGUCUUUGAAUCUUCAUCGAUAACUUUCUUUCUCUCUUCCUCAUCUUCGUUUGAUUUGCAUAUUCUCUCAGACCGGCUCGUGGUUUUUGUUCCUCCUCGCUCUCAGCGCGUCAUUUUUUACAGCGGGUGACUCACAGUGUUUCAGCAGCUGUGUUUAAAUGUGUGUGUUUGUGUGCGAUAACAGUUUGUCAGCGUUCGUCAUGAGGAUCGUCCUGCUGCUCGCUCUGCUCACAGUCGGUGAAUGUGACAACACAAAAGUUCUUGGUCAGAUAGGUAAUAACAUCACUCUGCCGUGUAGAUAUGAUGCUAAGAAACAUGGACCAGUGCACGUUUGUUGGGGUCGAGGAGAUAUACCGAAGUCAAAGUGCAGCGACCAGAUCAUCGCCACAGAUGGACAUAAAGUGAUAGAAGGAACCAGAGUUUCCAGCAGGUAUCAGCUUCAGGGACUACUGAACGACGGAGACGUUUCUCUGACGAUACUGAACCUCACAGAGUCGGAUGCUGGACGAUAUGGAUGCAGAGCGGAGAUACCCGGGUGGUUCAACGAUGAAAAACAUCACAUUGAUCUGAGCGUUGAGAGAAACGCUGUGACAACCACAUCAGCACCAUCAACCAGAGAGACGUGGUCACCCAGACCAGACUGCAGAUACACCGAGUCACAGACUUCAUGCUGUCAGAUGACUGUGACAGGGAGUGUCCUUACUUCCUCUGAAGGCUUCUCCGGCCUCCAGACCGAGGAGAACAGCAGCACUCUGACCGUGGCUCUGGUGUGUGUUCUGUUCGGGUUGAUAUUUUUGGUCACGGUGGGCGUGGUCGUCAUUAUCGGGAGAAAAUGGAGUCGACUCAGUAAAAUCCCUCAGCAGCAGGUCUACAGUUCAGUCCAGUUCAGAACCACUCUGCAGCUCCAAAGUCGGGGUUCGGCGGUGGAGAACAUUUAUCAGAUAGAUGAAGGUGGUGAUGGAGGUGGAGACAGAGGAGGCGAGUACGAGUACUGCCCCUGAACAUCCCGAUGCUACCUUCACUGACCUGCCAGGAGACUGGAAGACGACGAGCUCUGGACGAAGACCAUGAACUCGUCACCCUGAUUUUAGGAGGCAUUCAGGGCUCCUGUGGUCCCCACGCCCAUCACAUGGACAGCGUUUUAAAGGGACAGUGUGACGGACGCAAGAUUCUUCAGACUGUGUAGCUAAUGCUGCAUUCAGUCAUCAACACUGAACACUGACAAUACAACACUGUAUCUGUUAAAUAUAGUUUCUGGUGAUGUGAAGAAUCUGUGUUUGUGUUUAAAUGAUUAAAUAUACAAGCUUUCA